GCGCCGCCUCCCGGCCGUACCGCCAGGCAGGCAGCCGCCGCCCGGCCUUCCUGCUCUCCCCGCCUCCCCGCCCGCGGGGAGGGACAGGCCCGCCCUCCGCCCGCCCGCAGGAGAGUGAGCGGCGCCCGGCCGCCCCGCCAGCCCGCUGUUCUUCGGCCGCCGUCCGGGCGCGCGCAGCGAGCGGGCGCGACUAUGCCAAGAUGGUCCUGCAGGCGCGGAACAAGCACCGGGAGGCGGCUCCCAAGGCGCCCCAGCCGCCCCGCGCCUCGCAGUCGCCGCUGAGGGGAGCGCCGGACAUCGGCGCCGCCGGGGAGCCGGGGCCCGAGCGCGCGCCCCCGUCCCCAGGGCGCAAGGGCGCCGCGGGCAGGAAGGGGCCCCGCGCCGAGCCCGCGCCGAGCCCGCGGGCCGCUCGCCCGGCGCCUCGGGGCGCCUGGCGCCGGGUGCGCGCGCUGGGCCUGCGGCGCGCGGGGCGCGGCCGGACCUGGACCACGCUCCUGUUAGCUGCCUUUGCAGCAGUGUUGCACUGGAGCCAUAUAACACAUCUCUUUGAAAAUGAUCGUCAUUUUUCUCACCUUUCAACAUUGGAAAGAGAAAUGGCUUUUCGCACUGAAAUGGGGCUUUAUUAUUCCUACUUCAAGACUAUUGUGGAAGCACCCUCAUUUUUUAAUGGAGUCUGGAUGAUUAUGAAUGAUAAACUGACAGAAUAUCCCCUUGUUAUUAAUACAUUAAAAAGGUUCAAUCUUUACCCUGAGGUAAUCUUGGCCAGCUGGUACCGGAUUUAUACCAAAAUAAUGGACUUGAUUGGUAUUCAAACCAAGAUAUGUUGGACAGUUACCAGAGGAGAAGGACUCAGUCCUAUUGAAAGCUGUGAAGGAUUGGGAGAUCCUGCUUGCUUUUAUGUUGCUGUAAUUUUAAUUUUAAAUGGACUAAUGAUGGCAUUAUUCUUCAUUUAUGGCACAUAUUUAAGCGGCAGCCGACUAGGAGGCCUGGUUACAGUGUUGUGCUUCUUUUUCAAUCAUGGAGAGUGUACUCGUGUGAUGUGGACACCACCUCUUCGUGAAAGCUUUUCAUAUCCAUUCCUUGUACUUCAGAUGUUGCUUGUGACUCAUAUUCUCAGGGCUACAAAACUUUAUAGAGGAAGCUUGAUUGCACUCUGCAUUUCCAAUGUAUUUUUCAUGCUUCCAUGGCAGUUUGCUCAGUUUGUACUUCUUACUCAGAUUGCAUCAUUAUUUGCAGUAUAUGUCGUGGGAUACAUUGAUAUAUGUAAAUUACAGAAGAUCAUUUAUAUACACAUGCCCCUGGAAACCACCAUGUUGUCAGAUGAUGAAAUUAUCGAGAAGGCCCAAAGCAUUCUAAAUAAGUCCCAAUUGACACCCGCAGAGUUGAGGUAUCACCUGGUAGCUUCUGGAAGAAUUAUCACUGAGGCCUGGCAUCCUCAGCUCAAUAGUUGCAUCUUAAUGGACACAUCUCGAUACCAACCCAGUGCUUGA